UUAACUAUUAAAAUCGUAUGUUGGUUUAGAGAACCUCAGAAAACAUUUGUUUUAUAUUAACCUAUCUGUAAUGUAUGAGUUGACUGACAGCUGCAUAAACCGUGAUCAGAGUGAUAUUUCAGAAAUGUGAAAUAGUAGGAAGAUUGAGAAAUACUCAGUUCAUAAUGUCUGAAAUUCUAGCAAAAUUAUAGUUUUAUAGUUGGUAAUAUUUUUACAAUAUAACGAAGUACAAGCCACUUUUUUAUACUUUUUAUUAAAAUGUACUAUUAUCAAUGCAAUACAUUACCCUAAAAAUUAAUUUAUAUCUUAUUAACUAACUGAAAUGUAUAAUGAGAAUAGAACAUCUCUCAUUGAAACAGAGCUCAUAAUGUACUAGAUGCAGUAAUCCGGAUACUAAUUCAUAACUACCAAAUGAUCAUUAAAUGAGAUUUAUGCUUUUAAUAUAUUAGAACUUCUUCUUAACAAACAGCUAUGUUUUUUUAGUACAUUUGUAUAAAAUGUUUACACUAAGAAAUAAUUACAAGUAAAAUUAACCAUAAUUAAAAAAAAAACAAUAUUUAUAUAGUGAAAAUUGAAUUCAGCCAUGUUUUUAUGGCUGAUUACUGUUUUCUGGGGUGGUUUUGAGUUUAUAGUAAUAAUUUUGUCAUUGUAUACACUCUGAAAUCACAUCUUGGGAUGCAAACGAAAAAAAAAAAAAAAAAAAAACUAGUUUAAUGAUUCUAAUAUUUAAACUUCUUCUGAUUAAAAUAAGUAACUGAUUCUUUUAUUGAUUGCAAUUUAUGAUUAAUUAACUUCAAAGACAAAAUUCAUGUCUUUUUGAGGAAGCACAGUUUAUUUGCCGUACUCGUUUUUCAGAAUGAGAAUAACACCUUUUCCUUGUGGGAGUAUCUUGCUUCAUUUCUGAUGGUGCGGAAGAGAGAGAAAUACACUCACUCGGGGGAGAUAAUGUUGGAACACUUUGAGCUGAAGCCAAUCUACUCAUUCAUGGAUUACAUCAAGGGAGGCACCCAGUUGCACUGCUCCAUUGCCAUAGACUUCACUGGUUCGAAUGGAGACCCAACCACGCCCCAAUCUCUCCACUACAUAGGCCCUACACCCAACUGCUACGAGCAAGCAAUCACUGCUGUUGGCUCAAUAAUACAGGAUUACGACAGUGACAAGAUGUUUCCAGUGCUAGGAUUUGGGGCCAGAUUACCACCUGAUGGUCGUGUGUCUCAUGAGUUCUUCGUCAACAUGGAUCCCAGCAGUCCUUACUGCACAGGAGUUCAAGGAGUUCUGGAGGCGUAUCGCAACUGCAUACGACAAGUCCAGUUACACGGACCCACCAACUUUGCUCCUGUGGUGAACCAUGUUGCCAGGUUUGCGGCCAGCUACAGAGACGGCUCCAGUUACUUUAUUCUGCUCAUACUGACUGAUGGAGUCAUUACAGAUAUGCCUCAGACUGUACAGGCAGUGGUGUCUGCAUCAGUGCUUCCAAUGUCCAUCAUCAUCGUUGGAGUCGGCAACGCAGAUUUCACUGCCAUGGAGACUCUGGAUGCAGACACAGUGGCUCUGAGCCAUGAAGGAGUCAAGGCGGCCCGGGAUAUUGUUCAGUUUGUUCCCUUCAACAAGUUUGUGGCGAUGGGAGACCCGCGCACGGCUAGACUGCGUCUGGCGAGAGAGGUGCUGGCUGAGAUCCCCACCCAAUUCAUUGGUUACAUGAAGGCCAACAAUAUCACUCCCAAACCUCCCCUUGCCAAUACCACGCUUCUCCCUCCCGAUCCUGAAACGCUUGAUGCGCAAACUUAAUCACUCCACAUCGACUUGUUGUUUGUUAACUUCUUUGAAUUUUAUACUUUGUUACUGUGGAUUUGAUAUUUUUAACGCUGUUGUCAUGUCCAGCUCAUGUGGCCUCUUUGUGAAUGAUCGUUUUGCAGUUAUAUCACAGAGUGGUUUGGUGCACAAAUGUUACAUAUAACAUUUCAAUUACUAAAUGUCUCACAUUUCGUGUUGUGUAUAUAUGUUAAUUUGUCAAAUGUUUUCAAACUGUUUUUUUCUAACUAACUCAUUUGUGUUUAGAUAAUUUUGUGAUUGAUGGUGAGUUUCAUUCGAAACUCAACGGUGAACUUUUAUAAGGUUUUUAUAACAAUUUUAACUAAAUGUUUGGAAUUACCAACCCUUGUAGACAAAGAUUGUAUUAUUUAAUGUCUGCUUUAUUUGAACUCAUUCAAUUUUUCUUCGAUUAUUUUCAAAUAUAUUUAAAUAAAUAAAAUUGAGAUUGGAUUUAGAGGAUGUGAUCUUUGGAAUAAUAGCAGUCAAAUUACUACAGCCAGCCCAAUUUGAUAGUCAUAUGUUUCAUUCCUUACUAUAUGAACAAUCUUAUAUGAAUAUUACUCUUAGGGAUUUUUGUUAAAACAAUGUUUUAUUUCAGUGAUAAGUCAAUUUAAGGCAGCUUGAUUGCAAUCGUUUAAUACUUGGAAACUCUACUUAACAGGGAAGAAGGAAUAUAAUAAUUUUCUUCUAUGUGGUAAAAUUUGUAGGAAAGAACCUCCUUGACAUUUAUAUUACUUUUUACUUUGACCUAUUGCUACCUCUACAUUACAUAUAAUUUUUUAUUAAUUUGUUUAUUCUUUAUUAAUAGUUGUGUAUGUUAAUAAAAAUAUUCAGAACAUGAAUAUAUGGGUAUCGUGUAGCUGUAACAUAUAACAUACAGAUAUAAAAGGUCUUAAAAGAUUUUUUGAUUGUUCAUAAAAACCAAUAAUUUAAUUAUCAUUUAUUUUCAAUCAAAAUUUAGAGUUGUGUUAAUAUUUUCUGAUCAGUUCAACUGAAAAUUGGUGUCAUAUACCACAAAUAACCUAGAUGCAUUUAUAGAAAAAAUAUGAUUAGAAAUAGUAUAAGAUUUUGUAAGACUUGUUACAAGCAUUACAAAGACUACACCGUAGGGAAAUUUCCUGGUCAUUCUUCAAUUAGCACAUUCUAGUCUUUAGAAAUAAGCAAAAAUCUUGCAAGACUAUUAUAAGUUAGAACGGAUUCAAAUUGAAUCCUUGCAAGCAUUUAAUUCAAUUCGAUAUACAAGUUUGAAAUUCUUAAAGAAAUUAGAUGAGAAAUAUUUUUGUAACUCUAGAUAUAUUAUUAGAAUCAAAGGGGGAAUUAAAUACACUGAUAAAUCUAUUGGAAAAUAAAUUAAUAUUGAUUAGAUUUGUCAAGAUGAUAUAGUAAAAACAAGUACUAACACUAUUGUAGAUGAAUGCAUAAUUUUGGAUUCAAAUACUAGGAUUCAGAUUUAAAUUCAGUUUGAAGUUAAUGGUUGAUAGAUUGAUUAGAUGUAUUUCUGUAUUAUGUCAUAACCACAGUAACAUUCAAAGUUUAUAUUUGGAAGGUUGGACGGAUAAUUACAUAAACUUAGUUCUUAUUUUACAAUUAUUAUCAAACACCAGUUCAACUGUUUACCUACAUUGGACUGUCAGUAUCCAUUGAAAACAAAAUCAAGAAAUAGUAUAAACAAUGUAGCUGAUUCAGUAAUGGUUGUGUCACAUACUGAACUGAAGUUGAAUCUCCAGAGAAUUGAAUUAAUUAAAGUACUUAAUAAAUUUUACCUAAUGAAAAAAUUAUGUAUUAAUUUUUAAAAUUUAUUUCUGUAGCUAACCAUGCAGACAAUAUUGGUUUUCAAUACAAUGUUAGUAAUUAAAAGUUAGUAUUAAAAAUUGUCUAAAUCAGCUUCAGCAAUAGGUAUUAAAAAUACUUAAAUAACUGUGAAAGUACAGAAAGAAAAGUCUGGAGAAGUAAGUAACACAGUAGCCUGUCUUAAUUUUAUACAAUUUAAACCAUGCAAGGGUUUGGAUUAAUUUCCGAGUAACGGAAUGACAACUUGAUUAGACUCAGUUUUAAUUAUAUACAAAAUUGAAUAUUCAUAGUUGCUAAAAAACAAAAUUCUGCUUAAGGAUCCAGAUACUGUAAUUAUAGAACUUGUUCAAAAGUUGUUUGAAAUAAAAAUCAUGGACUAAUUUACAAAGAGAAGGAAAAACUAAUUAUUUUCUUUAAUAAUGAGAACACGGACAUUUUCCUUUUCUACAGGAAGACAGAGUUGAAUACAAUGUACGGUCAUAGAUAUAAAAUUAUAUCUAGGUGUGGUUAUUGUGUGUGUUGUAUUGUCUUGUGAGAAUUUGUUGUUAAGAGUUGUAAAUAAUCUGUUUCACUGAAGUGUUUUUGUUCUUUAAUAUUAAGAGAUAUAAUAAUAGUUUUAAAAUCAAAACUAUGUAAUUAAAUGUUAUAAUAUAAAACAUACCAGUUUCACCCUCCAAGUAGAUAAGGAAACGAUCCACAACUACACUUAUCGAGCUUAUUACCUAAAGGGUUGAAGAAUUCGUUAAUUUCUGCAAAACCUAAUUUUUUACAGUUAAAAAUGCUUCUUAACGUGUAUGAAAACCUACAAAAUGUGACCGAAUGAUAAAUUAACAGGUUUAGUGUAAUAUUUAUGUAUACAAAUAUUUUAUGUUGUUAAUUGUUUUGAACUAUUCAGCAUUUCAUCACCCUUUUUCACUGUCUUACUUCUUGUAAUGUGUCAAAAGAAAUAAGUGCCAUUUUAGACAAUCGUACAGUAGUUUUUCAUUAGUUAGUUUUAAAAGUAUACUAUUAGUUUAAUAACUAAUGUUGUUUAGGAUUAGUUAUAUGAUUUAAAUGUUAUUUGAUUAAAACUAGAAAAUUAAAAUUGUAUUAACAACUAUUAGAUAUAGUAUGUUUACGUAAACAAAUGUACAACAAUAACAAUUACAAUCUUGCUAAUGUUGAGUUCAGUUCUAUUUACCUUACACUUUGUGCAGAGUCUGAAAUCUGACACUGUCACAGACUUGACUCUUGAAACCUGGAGUCCAUUUCUGUCUGAAGAUAAGAGUGUUCAAUUUCAGACGCAGCACUAAGUGGAAAGUGAAAUGGAGUUCAACUUAACAUUAACAUUGAAUCCCACCAUGUUAUGUGAUGAAUUAUCAUCUUUAUCUAAAAAAUUAUAAUUCUAUUUACUAACCAGGAUAGUUUCUACUUAAUAAGGAAAGCAUAGUUAAUAUAUUUAAUUAAAAAAAUACUUCUUGGUGUAAAAUAUAGAAAAUUUACAAUACAAUACAAAUGUAAUGUCAAUAUAAAGUAAAACCCUAGUGAGGUACAGUUUCAUAAAAUACUAAGUUCUCAAUUGUAUAUUUACAAGGGUUUGCCUAUUUUUGUUAUUUUAAUACUUCAAUGGUUGUUUAGCUAUUUGCUAACAGUAAUUACAUACAAUGGUCAUAAUACGACGUAAUAAAACUUGCAUAUACUAUUUAAUCUUUUAUAACAGCACUCUAAUGUUUGGAGAUUCAUAGUGUUAUGUGAUUUACAAAACUAAAACUUUUUUUAUAAUGAAAUGAAUGUAUCCUUGAUCAUUUGGUGUUCCUGAUACAGUGACAUGAAGAUUGUAGUAAUCAGGUGAUUGGGUUAGCUCCAUCAUUCCACAGUUUAAUUCCAAUAUUUCAAGUGGUGUAAACUCAGAGUUAACUUAGAGUUAAGAUGAUCUUUUAUAACUUUUAAAAAUUCUGUAUAAUUUUUGUCAUAAUUGAUGCUAAUAAUUGAGAAUCACUUUCAGCUUGUGACAUUAAAAGUUUUAAAAAUUGGUUAAUGGACUAUUAAUCUUGCUUUCAGUUGAGGCCUGGUUACGUAACUGAUUUUAUACAAAAUUUGUGACUUCUUCACUACAUGUAUAUUUAAUACCAUAAAUUUAGUUUAGUUCUCUGUCAAUAUUCAUCAACACUAUUAUCUUUAAGUAAACUGUUGUAAUAUACAGGAUCUUUUAGUUAAGUUAUUAUGAGGGAUGGGCCGAUAGAACAAAAAUUAGAUUCCAAUACCGAUACCAAAAUUGUGAUCUAAAUUCCGAAUUUAAUACCAAUUCCUAUGGUAUUUGAACUAAGAAUAUAGGCCAGUUUUAAAAGGUUCCACCAAAACGUAGCCCCAAAUAAUAAUGAACCAGAAACUGUGUACCUAUUUUAUAAGUAGUCCUAUCAUUAUAGUUAAUUGGACCAUAAAACUAAAUAAUAAACACAAUAAUGGAAUGCUAACUUAAAUAUAAUAACAAUGGUACGAUCUGCCAUCUUUGAUUCCAGUAAAACAAUGUUUUCUUAAUGAAGUAUAUGUGUUAGUAAAUCUAUUUUAUUAACAGAAUUAUAAAACCAUUAAUAGUAUAAUUAGUUGUAUUGAGUAUUGUGACUGUAACUAUUGGAUGUUAUGUUGUAAAAGGAAAUUUCAGAUAAUACCAUUUCAAGAAAAUAAUUACUUAUAGCAAAAUUUGUGUAACCUUUAAAAUUGUAUUCAUUUAUGACUCCAAACUGUGAUUUAUAUCAAAAUACUAUGAUAACUAUUUAUAUAUAGUUUAUAAUUAGUUAUUAUAAAUUAGUUUAUAAUAACUAUUUUAUGUAAACAAAUUUUUUAUCAUAAAGUAUCAGUAAAAAAAUAAAUUUUUCUCUUUUCUUAUAAUAUAAUUAGUAUUGAUUCUACAAAUUAAAAUGAAACUGAAAACAACUACCUCGUAUACAACUAGUAUUACGAUACUCAACUGGAAUACAGGCUUUUAAUUAGCGGUUUUCUUCCCACAGAAUAUUUAUUGUUUUAAAUGCUUUAAUUACUAUAGAAUAAAGACAAAUAAAAAUAAUGUGACUUUCCAAAAGUACUUUAAAAAAACUGUUAUUAUUGAUUUUAUAAUAAAAUACUUUGAGUCGAGUAACAAGAGCCUCAGAAUUGAAAAUUGUUUGUACCUCGGUAUUGAGAUGUUUAGAUUAUUCAGUAUAAGUAUUGACCCAUCCCUAAUACUUAAACUAUCAAGUCCAACUGUCAGAAUCAUGGUCGAUUGUAUGUAUGUGUGUAAUUUGUUUUUAUUUAAUUAAAUAGAAACACAAUUGAUUGAUAAUUAAUUGAUUUUGUCUCUUUUUAAUUACGCUUAUAGAUUUUGAAAUAAAAUUCUAGUUUAUCAAUCGAAAUUUAACGUUUUAUGUUGAAAUUAAAGUGAAUAAAUGAAGAACUGUUAAGGUCUCAAUUGAAUAUAAUUAACUGUAGAUAAAUGAAUUUUUCAUCAUGCUGAAUGUUAUUUAAACCACUAGUACCAAUGAAUCAAAUUCAUUCAGUGUUUGAUCGAUGAUCAAUUAAAAUGUAUCUUGCAUGCUGUGGUCUAAUGUAUAGUUUAGUGUGAAGAUGUUCGUUAAGGAACAAAGUUUCUAUGUGUCUUUCAGUCCAUCAGAUUAUAUUUGUACACAUUUACCAAUUUUAUUCAACCACUCGUCAAUUUGUAUCUUCUGUAUAGUGUAGGCUUGAUUGUUCCGUGUUUAAACUGUUAAUCUGUCUAUGCCUUUACUAAAUGUGAUAUUCUGUGUGUAUGAGAUGGCAGUGAAAAGUUUCCAGGCUGUAUACAUUUGUACUGACACUGGUAGUGGCAUUUUUGUAGGCAACAUACCGGUUUGGAAUUAAACAUCUACUUUUAACAUUAUCUAGCUAUCUAGAUCAGGCUCAUGUGAAAUUUACAGACAGAAGUUACUGAUUACUGAAAAUUAAUAUAUUUUUUCUGACUUAAAGUUAGGUAAACAUUGUGCGUUUUUAGUUUUGUAUUGGUCAAUCGCAUUAAAUCCAUGAAACAAUUAAGUGAAUGUAUGGUAUGUCUCUUUAACCCUUUGAGGCUGGCUGUUGACUAUAGGUCGACCGUGGUAUUUCUGCAGAACGCUCACACGUCGUCGACUAUAGGUCAACCAACUACUGUCACGGUUUAAAAAAUUAUUAUUAUUAUUUUAUUGUUGCUGUUCGGCAUUUAUACUUUGGACUUCUUUUUGUAUUAAAUGAAUACUACAUUAAUCUUUACGUAUGACAAGAGAAACUGAAAAUAAAAAAUAGAACAUCUCAUAUGUUGUCUGCACUCAUGUUGUGUUUGUAAACAUGGCCGAUCCUACUAGAAGUUUCAUCAAUGACGGUGAAAUAUAAAAAGAAAAUAACAAUUUUGAUAGUUGUAGAUUGUCUCCACAAACUGUCAAUGACUGCAACUUUGUGCAGUGAUCAAAAUCUUAAUAAAACUGGAAUAACAUAUGCUUCAUUAAACAGCAAUAGUUUCAUGGAUAUUUCACCUGAAAUCAGGUAAUUAAUAUCUGGUUUGUUUACAGAAAGAUUUGGUUUUUAUAAAAGGGUAAAAACUGAAACUUCAGAAUUUUCUGUAUGAAUUUCUUAAAACUAUUCACCCAAAAAUGAUGUUUAAACUUGUUAAUGUUGUUUUUUUAUUUGGACCUGUGAUGUGUAACAGAUGGAUUACUGUGAAACAUAACGUUUUAGAUUUCAACAUUUGUGUAAAUCAGAUCCGAUUUUAAAUUUAAACAAGCUUAGGAACUUUUUAGCACUGCCUUCUGUAUUUUUCUAUAAUCAUCUGCCAGUUUUUAUUGUUCAGAAAUCUGAACAAAACAAAAAGUGGUGCUAUCUUGUCUAGUGGUUUUAUGGUCUUUUGCUUUAUUCCCAGUCUUAUACACUUGUACAUUCCUACUAGUUCCUUUUAUAGUUGAUUAUCUGAGAAACUAUCCUUCUUGUGUUUUCAUUUCAUCACACAUUCACAUUGUCUAUUGGUAAUGCUGUACAGUAUUUACCAAUAACUUAAAUUGUGUGCAAUGAUUUAAAUUAGAUAUGUUUUGUAUUUAGAUUCCACAAUAAAAAGGCAAUUUAUUGUGAAAAUCAAUUCAAUCUUAAAAAUAAUUAAGUGGAAAACCCAUUGUAUAUUUGAAUCUAUCUUACUAUACCAUUCAAGCAAACACUGAAAAUGUAUUAUGAAAUGAAAAUGAACAUUUUUUUCAUCCAUAAUAAAAUAUUUUAGAUUCACUAUUAUCUGUGAUAUUUAUGUCAUUCUUGUUCAUAGUUUAUUGACAAAGCGACUUUGAUCCUCCUCAACUUGUCAUUGUUUGCUGGAUAUUAUCAUCAGCUUGUUGCAUAUAUGUACAAAUUAUUACCGAUGUUUAUCUUUUAUUAUAUAAUAAACCUAGAACAAAAAAAAAAAAAAAUUAAAUUCUUGCAUUUAAAGAAAGGUUGUCCAGAGGAUGUUUCAAUGAAAUCAUGUUUCUUGAAUAUUAACAUCUGCCUGUAGAACAAUAUGUAAUCAUUGGUAGAAGAUAGCAGAACUUCAAUCUGCCUUUUAAUUGCAAUAGAGGGAGGAGGGUUGGAGUGUUCACACUCUUUACUUCCAUUAAAUUCAGUUUUAUAAUAUUAUUUGUUCAUGAAAAUGUUAGUGUUUAACUAAGUAUGUAUGUAGUGAAUUAGUUGUAGUUUUCUUAAGUUUGUCAUGAAUAAUUACAUUUAAGAUGAUUUUGUUUCUUGUCAGUUUUACUAGGCUAAUGUGUGAAGAAAGAGACAGUUGCUACAGUUAAUUGAUGCUUGAAGAAAUCAGGUGUAAUAGCUUUUCAUACUAUGUAGCCAUCUCUCGAAAUAAACUAGCCAUUCUAAUACGAAUCUCGUAGUUUAAUUGUUGUAAUAAAUGAUUAGGUACUGUUACUUUAGGCUGGACAUUGCUGAUGAAUUAUGUUAAUCAUGUGAAUCAGUAGAAUAUUAUAAAGUUUCCACCAUAAAUGUAGCAUAUUUUAAUAAAAAAUUAAACUGGAUUGAAGAAUU